UAUCAUGGCCAAUAUGAGCCUGACUUCGCUGCAGUCGCCGGACGCAGUUCAGUCGGAUGCCUCGCAGCAUCAGGACGCACAUCGACGGUGCUGCCGCCACAAUUACUUAUGUUUUACAUUUGGAAAUUUCAGGUUCGUCCAGUAGGCGUUGCCUGAUAGCCUACGAAUUGCACGCCGAAUUUAUUCCUUCAGCGGGUGUUAUGAGAUGUUCUGCAUUUGCCAUGGCAAGAGGUCUGUUUCCAUGGGGGCUCCUGAGAAAGCCUCUGCACAUCCAGGCCAGAUUCUCCUACCUACACAUGAAAUACCUGUUCUUCUCCUGGCUGGCAGUGUUCGUGGGCAGCUGGAUCGUGUAUGUGCAGUACUCCUCCUACACAGAGCUGUGUCGUGGGCACGACUGCAAAAACUCAAUAUGUGACAAGUAUAAGAAAGGAGUCAUUGAUGGCUCUGCCUGCAGCAGCCUGUGUGACAAGGACACACUUUACCUGGGAAAGUGCUUCACUGCCAAGCCCAACAGCCAGGUUUACUCAGGGAGCUGGGGAGACCUGGAGGGGGUUAUUAAGUGCCAGAUGGAGGUGGCUCCUCAUUAUGAUUUGGGAAAUGAGAUAGAGCCCAGAAAGGAAGCUGCAGCUUUUGACAAGCCCACCAAGGGGACCUCAGUGGAAAAGUUCAGAGAGAUGAUCCUCAACCACCUGAAGGCUAAAGUGGGAGACCAGGCCAACCUUGCAGACCUAGCAGCCCAAGUACUGUCUAUAGCUGAUGCCAAUAAGGAUGGUCACAUAUCACUGCCCGAGGCUCGCUCCACGUGGGCUCUGCUACAGCUCAAUGAAUUCCUCUUAUCACUAGUCCUACAAGACAAAGAGCACAUGCCCAAGUUACUGGGCUUCUGUGGAGACCUGUAUGUGACAGAGAAGGUGUCAAAUUCUCCUCUAUACGGGAUAAGACUACCCUGGAUCAUCGAGGUGUGGAUUCCGGCCGGCCUGCAGCGCAGCAUGGACCAGUGGUUCACCCCCUCCUGGCCACACAAGGCCAAGAUCUCAAUCGGCCUACUGGAACUCGUCGAGGACAUUUUCCACGGCACAUUCGGCAGCUUCCUCAUGUGCGAUGUGAGCGCCACCACUUUCGGCUACAACGACCGCCAUGACCUGAAGGUGAUGGACGCACGGUACAUUGUUCCUGAAGCCAUCUUCCAAGAGGGAAUAAGGCAGCAGCGCUGCGACGUGGACGAGGACUGUCUCUACGGCACUGACUGCCUCACUUCCUGUGACCUCACCAAGCACCGCUGCACACCUGAGGUGACCAGGCCAAACUUAGCCAAAGCCUGUGAUGCACUUAAGCACUACAUUCUGAGGGGAGCACCAUCGGAUGUGAGCGAGGAGCUGGAGAAGCAGCUGUAUGCCUGCAUUGCACUGAAAGGUUCUGCAGAACAGAUGGAAAUCGAACACUCACUAAUUCUGAACAAUCUUAAGACUUUACUGUGGAAGAAAAUCUCUCACACAAAAGACUCCUAAAUAGUGAGACCCCUCAAGAUCUUCAAUAAAAUGGACAAUCAAUUUCACUGUGGAAACAAAUCCCCUUUGUAUUUAACUGCUCUGACAUUUGAUCCUGAAGCAGCUGUCAAGGAGCGUCACCAUCAUAUAAACUUCAAGGUUCGGGAGCAAAACAAAAAGUGCAAUUUUUUUUUUGAAGCAAUGGUGCAAUAAAUGCAACAAGAAUGAUAUAUACCACAACAGUGAGUGCUUGCUUAAGCUUUUGCAGUGCACCAAGUUUAGGCAGUUUGUGCACAUCAACUUCUCAUAACAAAAGGCUCUGUUAACACACGGAGUCAAAGGAAACGACAACCUGCAAGUACAAAGUAUGUCAAUUUGCAGAAAUCAAGUCGUUCAAUAAGGUGGUUGAGGAGGCCACUG